GCACCUUUUCCGGUAACACAGCACCGCCACCGCUGUGACUGAACGGCUGGAGAGAGAGAGAGAGAGGGAGGGAGAGCAGAGAGAGGGAAGAAGAGAGCCAGAGAGCGGCAAGAGCGGGGAGAAACGGCUCGGGGACUGGGGGAUGAUUGCCGCAGACGUAGGGGGAAGAGAAGAAAGUCGGAUGAAUCAAUGACCUUUUGAACGCUCUUCCUCUGGAUGUCCCGGUGCAGAAACGGACAGGAGAGCUCACAUUUUCGGCGUGUUUCAAUAAGAACUGUGCUCUGAGAUCCAUCGACUGGAAUUGGCUAAGGGCAAGUGUGGACAGCCGGCAGUCAAGGAGGAAGUGGGAACCCCGGGCUUUGGACAGGGCCUGAUUUAUAUAGUGGGCUUUUUGUGAGGUGGGGUGGAAUAAAAAAAGAAAAAGAAAGCUGAUUUGAAUCAAGUCCAGCUCAACUGAGACUAUCUGGAUUUUUGAAUCAGGCUUGAAAUGUGGAUUUUGACGGAAGUCUGAGACACGGGGAUGUAAUUUUUUCUUCUUACAUAGGAGGGCAGUGGAUCAUGAAAAUAUAUCCCCACCCAAUUCUGCGAGGGCUACACACACACUGCUCCCAGUGAAGGCUCAAAGUCACCCGCUCAGGUCAGAUCAUCAUAGUCCAGCUGAAUUGUAGUGGUCUGUCAUUCAACAAAACUUGAGAGUCACCGCCUUUUGAAUAUUGACACUCCUGUCAGCGCAUCGCUGCCAUCACGUGGAGGGCUUUCAGCACACACUGAGACUGUAACCUGUGUUGGAAACUUCUUUUCUCUGCCUAGAGAAGCCUUGUUUUUUCUUCUAACAAAGUAUUUAUGCACAACAAACAAGAUGGGGAAAGUGCUCGCAAAAAUCUUUGGCAACAAGGAGAUGAGAAUAUUGAUGCUUGGACUUGAUGCUGCUGGUAAAACUACCAUCUUGUACAAGCUGAAGUUGGGACAGUCAGUCACCACCAUCCCCACUGUUGGGUUCAACGUGGAGACAGUCACCUAUAAGAAUGUGAAGUUCAACGUGUGGGACGUGGGAGGCCAGGACAAGAUCAGGCCACUUUGGAGACAUUACUACACUGGCACCCAGGGCCUCAUUUUCGUGGUGGACUGUGCCGACAGGGACAGGAUCGACGAGGCGAGGCAGGAGCUCCACCGAAUCAUCAACGACCGGGAGAUGAAGGACACCAUCAUCCUGAUCUUCGCCAACAAACAAGACCUCCCAGAUGCCAUGAAACCCCACGAGAUCCAGGAGAAGCUAGGCCUGACCCGGAUCAGAGAUAGGAAUUGGUACGUUCAGCCCUCGUGUGCAACAACAGGGGAUGGACUAUUUGAGGGCCUGACCUGGCUUACCUCAAAUUACAAAUCUUAAUGUUUCUCCCAUCACCAGCCUGGAGACUUGGAGGCAAAACGAGUAGCUGAGAAUGAAAUCAUGAGUUAAAAAAAAAAAUGCAAUCUGAAGCAAUUAAUACCACGACCUCUCUGCUGAGUAUAUAUGUCAAAGAGAGUAGCAAUUAUAUUUUGUUUUCUUUUUUUUUGAUAAUGAUGACUUCACUAUAACCCCAGAUUUCAUUUAAACAAAAGACAAAUUGUUUUUUGGUUGGCUUCUUUUUUUAGGUAGUUUUGCUUUGGUUCACAUUCUGUAUAAUCAGUACUGUUUUAAAUAUACAAUAAGCUUUUUGAGCUCUUGGUGCAAAUUUCUUUUGUUUUCCUCCUUUUUAUUUUUGUAUCAUUUCUUUUAGGGGACUUUAGGGGACACAUGCUUAUAGUUUUGCCCCCCUUGCUUAGCUCUAAUUCAGUAUUCUCAUGACCCGGCUACAUAUCCAAAGGAUGGAACAGUCCAGAAACCUUUUGCCUACAUCAGCGUGUCACUCUCUCAUGGCUCAAACUGCCUCUGUCAUUUGUAAGAAUGUGUAUUAUGGAUAUGUUAGGACCUCAAAAAAACAUAAAUGAUUGUACUGGAAUGAUUGAGGAAAUGUGUUUGUACUUAUUUCCUGUGCAGUGAUUACAACCAUCGUGUCUACUGUGGCGGUUUGUUUGAAAGACACUAUGUGGACGCUGGACGCUCUUCACACACUGUGAUACGGAUAUAUACUUUUGUUGUUUCAGGGUCUGAAUCUGUUACCACCAGUCUUAUUAAUCGCCUCUUUUUGUUUCUCUUAGCGCUUCCAUUACUGUUGAGUAUUUGUAGUUUCAACUGCCUUAAAAGAGAGGUUACAGGUGCCACAAAACCAAGACAGUUACUACCACAGAAGGUAUGCUCAACUGCUGAGUCUGCACUUUGGGAUGAAGAUGGAGGGGGUGGGGUUACAAACUAGCUGGCUGUGUGCACGUGUAGAUUUUCUGUGACUGACUUUUGGACCCCAGCAAGUGUUUAAAAAAAAAAAAAA